AUGCAGCGCCACCUGCGCAGCCACCUGGUGGCGGCAGUGGCGCUACUGGCGGUGAUGGCGCCGCCAGGCGCGGUGGCGCCGCUGCCGCCCAAGCCCACAUUCCUGCUGCCCGCCUCCUUCAGCCCCCAUCCCAUGAACUGCACUUCCGGCUCCCCCCUGUGGGUCAGCUAUGAGUGGUGGUGGCAGGACGACGAGGGCACAGGCAGGGUGCAGCCGCUGGGGCACUCCAUCCAGAGCGGCUGCUACCCUUACAACCAGGUCCUGCCCCGCACAGGCACCUUCCAGGUUGUGUCAGUGCAGCACAAGAACCCGUCUGUGUUCCGGGAUCAGCAGAUCCGGCUGCGCAAGCCCGACGGCAACUUGAUCAAGAACAUGGUACCGCUCCCCGCAUGCAAAGACAUCCACCUGCCCGACAACGGCGCGGUGGGCUGCGGCUACAACUAUUACCGCCCGGGCCUGACCCCCCAGCUCUGCCAGAUGGGCAACGGCACCGUGGUAAAGCUGCACACGCUGACCCGCAACGACACCGCCGCCACCCGCCUCGACUGCCGCUGGGACGACGGCGUCGCGUACAACACCAGCACGGCGCCGGUGUCGGGCAACGUGCUGCUCCAGGUCCUCAACAACUACAUCGCCUACCCCAACGUCGUCCAGCAGUACAAUGCCACCGACCCGGAGUACAUCUCAGACAAAGCGCUGAACGGCAAGACCAUCCAGCUCACCGGCAUGCUGCCGGUAGCGCUGGAGGACGUGGCGGCAUACCCCUGUACUAGUACUGGCGCCGGCUGCGGCUGGAGCGACAGCAGCCUGCACACCAUCACAGCCCAGACCUGGACCGGCGACACACUAAAGGCGAGUAGUGCGGCAUGCCGUCCAGUCUCCAUCGGCCCCAUCUUCCUCAUCCCGGUGGGAGGAAUGUGGCGCAUGCGGCUGACGGCCAGCAGCCCCGACGCCGCCCUCAACCCCCGCCACCUCAUCACCUUCGACGACGACUUCCGCCAGGCAAGUGCCGCUGGCAGCAGCGGCAGGGUGCUCCGCAACGAGAGCGGGUUUGUGGCUGACCAGCAGCUGGCGCUGGACCUGCUACAGGCCAACCUCAGCGCGGGGUGGCACAAGAUGACGACGGCUCGGACGGCGGCCACCUUCCUGCCUGCGCACACGCCUGCCCUGGCUGCAGCCUCCCUGAGCACAUACCUGGAGGUGGCGCCCUCGUGCCCGCCAACCCCCGAGGUCCCCUUUGCCACCCAUGUCGCUAGCGAUGCGUCGGGGUCGCUGGAUCUGCGCACGGGGGCGUGGAGCGAGUCCCCCGGCGGCCCUUCCACCUGCUCCCUCCCCAACUCGCUCCCCACCCGCAAGCUCGCCUACCUGACGCUUUCCUUUGACCUCUCCUUCCUGUCCGCCUCAGCCAGCGUGGCCAACGCCUCCCUGUUCCUCUACCUGUCCAGCCCCCUGGCUCCCACGCUGGCCCUCCCCAACGCGACGCUGGAGGUGUACGACGGCACGCUGCCCCUCAACGCCUCCCUGUGCGCUGCCAGCUGCCCCGAGGGCACCACCAACGGCGUGGACUGCUUCAAGUGCCCUCCGGGAGUGGAUAACCUGACCGCGGUGCCCUGCGCCAAGCCUGCCUGUCCCGGGAGCCAGGUCGGCGGCGGCAGCUUCCAGGGCAGCAGCAGCCAGACAUAUGUGGAGCUGGGCUUGGACGCCGCACACGUCGGCGCGUUUGUGGGCGGCGCCCGCGGCCUGAUGCUGCUGACGGUGGUCCUUCCGCAGCAACGCAGCCCCAGCUCCAUAGUGGACGGCGGCAGCUUUCGGACGGCGCUGAGCCCGUCGCCGCCCUUCUUGCUGCUGCGCGCCAGCUGCAGCGGCAGCCCCACCUAG